AUGGAGACUUAUGUACAAAAGGGUAUGGGCUCCUCCAGUAUUUAUGUCACUCUCAGCACGCAGGCCACGGCGAGAGGCGUCACCAACUGGCUUGUUAGUGACGUGACCGACAGCGAUCAUCGCCUACUAAACUAUACGGUAGACAUAGCACCGAACACAUCACAAGGGUUCAAGCGAUUUGAUGUUAGAAGGGCAGACUGGGACUCAUUCUCCCAGGAACUAGCUAUAAGCGUCCUGUCAGUUCAGACAACUGUAGGCGUAAACGAACAUGCUUCUACCUUAACAGACGCUAUAAUCGCAGCUGCAACAAAAGCUAUCCCUUCAAAGCCAAGUAGGCGCUGGAUCAUUCAAAGGCAGCCAUGGUGGUCAGACAGGCUUACUUCAAUGAGGAAAACCCUCAACGCAAAUAAAAGACAGGGGACUGAUGCAACACGACAGACUGGCAUACAACCGUCUGAAAAAUGA